GGAUGAUUCCCUUCUGGCGAGCUGCACUUGCCUUCCCCUCUUGCCUCGUUGGACAAACUCGCACCAUGGAUAAUACAGGCUACGAUCCAACUUAUUAUGAUGAUGUCGAGCUUGAUUUCCAAACCCCCAGGCUUGAGAGCCGCAGUGCAAGCCCAGCCGGCCAAAGUCAGCGGCGCAGGCAUGGCUCAUCCCUGCCAUUGCUCCAGUUAAGCAACUGGGACAAAGAUCUGCCAUAUGAUGAAUUCCCGCCUACAUGCAUCCAUUACUCUAUCGAAUGGAAAUUGCUUUUGAACCAAGGAGGAAGACUAACGAAGCUUAUGUACAAUCCAGAACUCGAGCAAGAUCUCGUGCUAGCGCCUAGCGCGCUCUAGAACAAGUCUUUGAAGCAAAAGGUUGAGGACCGCCUCGAGACAUUGUGUUCUAGAUUUCCUGCCAUAUCCGCGUCUCACACCCCCCUUUCCCACACACGGGACUGGCCCAAAUGCCAACGAAAGGAUCCUCUGCCACGUGAAGCCAAGACAUGAGGCUUUGCAAGAUGUUCAUUGCUAAUGAUCGACAGUUUUCACAAAAUGGGUUUAAAGCAGCACGACAUGCCGCCUCAUGCUCCUUCAUGAAAGGCUGUACUGCAGUUACAAAUAGAUCGUUGUACCCGGCAUUUUGCCCUGCAGCCUGAGCCUCACUGACAAGACUGCGGAGAAGGUCGUGGGUAUACGGGAGCUCUUGAACCUCGCCACAGUAGAACUCAAAGCGAACCGAGCAGCAGGCCAUAGUUCAAUAAGGAUUCUGAGAACACAAUGUGUCUUAUCUUGAAGGAAGGCCACAAAU